ACCGCAUCAACCCAGCGCAACAGCCUCGCUCCUCGGGGAAACAGGAAUCAGGCCACCAGAAGAUGAAGCAGAGAUUCUCGUCCUUGGAUGUCAAGGUCAUCUCCCAGGAACUUGCAUCGGAGAUAGUCAAUCUGCGAGUUUCGAACAUCUACGAUCUCUCCUCGCGCAUCUUCCUCUUCAAAGUCGCCAAACCCGACCACCGCAAACAACUCGUCGUCGACUCCGGCUUCCGCUGCCAUGUCACCCAAUACUCCCGAGCGACUGCUUCAGCGCCCACGCCCUUCGUGACGCGCAUGCGCAAGUUCCUCAAAUCGCGCCGAAUCACCUCCAUCGAACAGAUCGGCACGGAUCGGAUCAUCGAUUUCUCUUUCAGCGAUGGCAUGUACCACAUGUUCCUAGAGUUCUUUGCCGGCGGGAACAUCAUUAUCACCGAUCGCGAAUACAAUAUUCUCGCGCUGUUCCGGCAGGUACCUGCCGGCGAGGGACAGGAUGAGACUCGCGUCGGAGUCAAGUAUACGGUGACCAAUAAGCAGAACUAUCACGGUAUACCGGAUAUCACAAGGGAGAGAGUCCAGGAGACGGUGGAGAAGGCCAAAGCCCUGUUUUCACAGGAGGGCAGUGCGCCGAAGAAGUCCAAGAAGAAGAAUGCGGAUGUGCUUCGCAAAGCUUUGUCCCAGGGUUUCCCGGAGUAUCCGCCUCUGUUGUUGGAUCAUGCGUUUGCUGUGAAGGAGCUGGACCCCGCUACCCCGCUCGAUGAAGUUCUGCAGGAUGAGGCGCUUCUGACGAAGGUUGUGGAUGUGUUGGAGGCGGCGAAGGUUGAGACGGAUAAGCUGGCUACGGAGAAGAGUCACCCGGGUUAUAUCGUUGCGAAGGAGGAUACUCGUCCGUCUGCGGACUCGCCAGCUCAGGGUGAGGAGGACGCUGCGCGGAAACCGGGGUAUCUGUAUGAAGAUUUCCACCCGUUCAAGCCUAAGCAGUUUGAGGGCAAGCCGGGUGUUACUAUUCUGGAGUACCCGUCUUUCAACGCGACUGUUGACGAGUACUUCUCGUCUAUUGAAACACAAAAGUUGGAGUCGCGGCUUACGGAGCGGGAAGAGACUGCGAAGAGGAAGCUUGAGGCUGUCCGACAGGAACAUGCGAAGCGCAUUGGCGCUCUCAAGGAGGUUCAGGAACUGCAUAUUCGCAAGGCCGGAGCAAUCGAAGAUAAUGUUUACCGGGUUCAAGAAGCGAUGGACGCAGUCAAUGGCCUGAUUGCUCAGGGUAUGGACUGGGUCGAAAUUGCCCGUCUCAUUGAGAUGGAGCAAGGAAGAGGAAACCCGGUGGCCAAUAUCAUCAAGCUGCCAUUGAAGCUCUACGAGAACACAAUAACCUUGAUGCUCGGAGAGUCGGGUGAAGAGCAGGAUGAAGGCGAGGACCUGUUCUCGGACGAUGAGUCUGACUCAGAGGAUGAGCAGGAAGAGGCCGCUAAGGCCCAAAAACAGUCAAACAACAUGCUGACAAUUGACAUUGAUCUCGGCCUGUCUCCCUGGGCGAACGCAACGCAGUAUUAUGAACAGAAGAAGAUGGCUGCCGUCAAGGAGCAGAAGACAACGCAAUCGUCGACCAAGGCACUCAAAAGCCACGAGAAGAAGGUGACGCAGGACUUGAAGAAGGGUCUGAAGCAGGAGAAGCAGGUUCUUCGGCCUGCCAGAAAGACUUUUUGGUUUGAGAAGUUCCUCUUCUUCAUCUCGUCGGAAGGAUACUUAGUCUUGGGUGGCCGCGAUGCGAUGCAAAGCGAAAUUCUCUACCGCCGGUACCUUAAGAAGGGCGAUGUAUUUGUGCACGCCGAUUUACAAGGUGCUACGCCGAUGAUCGUCAAGAACCGAUCCAAUUCGCCCAACGCACCCAUUCCCCCCAGCACCCUUUCGCAAGCCGGUAACCUUUGCGUGGCUACGUCCAGCGCCUGGGAUUCCAAGGCAAUCAUGUCAGCAUACUGGGUUACCGCGAGUCAAGUUAGCAAGACUGCUGACGCGGGAGGCCUCCUUCCCACUGGCGAGUUCCUCAUCAAGGGUGAGAAGAACUUCCUGGCCCCCUCACAGCUCGUCCUAGGAUUUGGUGUCAUGUUUCAAGUGAGCAAGGAAAGUCUCCGGAACCAUAAGCUACACCGUUUCGACGAACCCGUGGCUGCGGAAACGCCCGUGGAAGCCCAGGAAGCCGACAAGGAAGCUGAGGGCAAGCCCAACGCCCAGGCUGAUGAGGCAGCUGACGAGGAGAACAAGGACGAAGCCGAAGAACCGAACGGCAACAAUGGAGACGAGCAAAGCGUUCAAGAAGAGCCAGCUGAGGGGGAGGACGAGGACGAGAGUGCGACAUCGCCACAGACUCAAGAUGAUCGACAGCUCUCAGCUAGAGAAAGACGAAUGGCUAGAAAAGGAAGAGCGUCAGAACUGGAUGGACCUGCAGCGGACGGAGCAUCUGUCAAAUCUGCUAACAGCAAGCAAGCUCCAACUCGGGGUAAGAGGGGCAAAGCAAAGAAGGCCGCAGCCAAGUACGCUGAUCAGGACGAGGAGGAUCGGGAACUGGCUCUACGCUUGCUAGGUGCCAAGAGUGCCAAAGCUGAAAAGGCAGCUGCAGAAGCUGAAGCAAAGGCUAAGCGUCAGAAAGAAGCAGAGGAAGCGAAGAAACGACGCAGAGCACAGCAUGAACGCGCCGCGGAAGCGGAGCGGAAACGACAGGCUCUCUUUGAGGGUGGUGCCGAUGACUACGACGAAGAAACUGCCGCAGCAGAAGCAGCAGACAUGGAGUGGAUACCUGCAUUGGUUGGAACUCCCCAUCCGGAAGAUGAUAUCCUAGCUGCUAUUCCUGUCUGCGCUCCUUGGGCUGCCCUGGGUCGGUAUAAGUAUCGCAUCAAGUUGCAGCCGGGUACCGUGAAGAAGGGCAAGGCUGUCAAGGAGAUCAUCGGACGCUGGGUUGCCGAAACUACAACAGGCAAGGUCAAGAAGGAACAUGCUGAAGAUGCUGGAAUCGACCGCGCUACCGCUGAGAAGCUCCGCGCCAAGGAAGGAGAUCUGAUCAAAAUGUGGAAGGACACAGAGGUCAUCAAUAGCGUUCCUGUCGGUAAGGUGCGCAUUAUGGCUGGGCCAGCACCUAGCGGAGGAGAUAAGGGCAAAGGGAAAGGUGGCGGUGUACUUUGGAGGAAAACACCAGACCGUGACUCACCCCACGAUCGCUCGUUCCUCUGCUCUGUUCGGGGAACGAAUAUCACCUGCCAAUCUGGUUCUACUCCUCUCUCGCCUUACUGCUCGCGCUUCGUUAGAUUCGCUUCCACCGCCCCAGCAACAGCAACCAUGUCGCCCAAAGCUUCCACCCGAAUCGCAUCGGUUCGCCGUCUCAACAACGAAGGCCCCGGAGACCGAUCCCUCGCAGAGUGGUGGGCCAACGAACGCGAUAACCAUACCCCGGAAGCGGCCGCCAUCGAGAACGCCGCGCAACUUCUCCGAACCAGCGAUAUCCCUGUUGCUUUCCCCACAGAGACAGUGUACGGACUGGGUGCAGAUGCGACGCGAAGCGAUGCAGUACAAGGAAUCUACAAGGCGAAGCAGAGGCCGUCAGAUAACCCGUUGAUUAUACAUGUUGAUUCGCUGGGGAUGUUGGAGCGGUUACUCAACCCCACACAGGAAAGCCCAUCGCGCAGAACUACCACUGCGAAGAACGCCAUCCCGCCCAUCUACGACUCGGUCAUUUCCCGCUUCUGGCCUGGUCCUCUCACAAUCCUCCUCCCUAAUCCCUCCGGCUCCCCUCUUGCUCCUGAAGUUACCUCCAAGCUUACGACCUUUGGCGUGCGCAUGCCCUCAUCCCCGCUUGCACGCUUGUUGAUUCAUGUAACGGAUCGACCACUGGCGGCUCCCUCGGCCAACGCAUCUACCAAGCCCUCCCCGACGGCGGCGGAACAUGUAUUCCAUGACCUCGAAGGUCGCAUCGAGCUGAUCCUUGACGGUGGUCCCUGUGGCGUAGGCGUGGAGAGUACGGUUGUCGAUGGACUGUCCGAUCCACCGGCUAUCCUUCGACCGGGCGGGAUUGGUAUCGAGGAGCUGCGUACGUGCGCUGGCUGGGAGAAUGUACAGGUCGGAUACCAUGACGGCACACUAGAUGCGAAGGAGGCCCCACGAGCACCGGGCAUGAAGUACCGACACUACUCGCCCAAGGCGCGCGUGGUAUUGUUCGAAGCCGGCUCCGACGAGGAAGCCGUCGCGAAACACAUUCGCAAGGACCUGGAAGAUUCAGCAGUCGGGGCACACAUGAUCGGGGUGGUCCGCACGCAACACUGGAAGCGGGGACUGGGGUUGCUGUCUGCCGACGAGAUGCAAAAGAGCCUAAAGCGUAUCCCAUCGCUCGUGGACGAGCUAGUAGGAUUCUCCGUCCCAGUGAGCGAUCAAAUCAACGGACACACUGCAACCAAGGAGACCUUCGACUGCCACCUCGGCACGGAUGUCAAGUCGAUCGCGCAGGGCCUGUUCUCUGCGCUACGGGCCAUGGAUGAAAUGGAAGUGGACGUCAUCUACGUCGAGGGUGUGCCCGAUCAUCAGGGAGAUCUGGCAGCUGCUGUCAUGAAUCGGUUGCGUAAAGCCGCCGGAGCGGAACUCCGGGUAUAAUAACUUACAACUUCUUCCCCUAGGAGGAUUAUCAUAGAUCGCAUUUUGGGCCCCAUACAUACACAGUAUUUGCUAUAUUGGAGGAUUUGGCUGGGUUGGCUAGAAGAAGCUAUAAAUUUACGGGACUGUUUACGAAUUUAGCAUGGAUAUCGCAGUUAGAACAUUACUAGCACGAGUUUUAAUAUCAGUUUGAG